AAUUCCUCGGAAAUUAAGACGCGUCAUCCACUUAACAUCUUAACAUCUGCUCCUGCCUCUCCCCGCUGCACGGGGCUGAAGGACAGCUUACUGCCAGGUCUUUGGGGCCAUAUUUCCACCCACCUGCCCCCAAACUCAGAAGAUACUGACCCUUGCUUUGGGGGGAUGAAGCAUCUAUGGCAGCUGCCCCCAUCUUUGUUCCUCAAUUUGAUACAUGUUUGCCUGGCUCAGGCGAAUUACGCUCCCUAUUUCUUCGACAAUGGAGCUAGCAGCACUAACGGGAACAUGGCACUUCUCAGCCUUGCGGAAGACACAGCUGUCGGUACACACGUGUACACAUUAAAUGGGACAGAUCCCGAAGGGGAUCCGGUAACCUAUGGCAUGACCUUUGAAUCUGGGUCAAGAAAGUACUUUGCUAUUGAUGAAAACUAUGGAAAUGUUACACUGAUUGAAGAGCUGGACCGUGAGAGGGAAGAUGAGGUUGAAGUUGUCGUCAGCAUCUCAGAUGGCUUAAGUAUGGUGGCUGAGAAAGUCAGGAUCCUUGUAACAGAUGCUAAUGACGAGAGCCCAGAAUUUACCAACACACCAUACAUAGCCCAAGUCCUGGAGAACACCCCUUCAGGAAGCAGCAUCUUGAAAAUUGAAGCCAUAGACAGAGACACCGGUUCAGGGGGGAGCAUAACCUACUUUCUGCAGAACAUCCAUACAAAUAAGUUUACUAUAGAUCGCCACAGUGGUGUCCUUCGCAUCAAAACCGGGAUCACUCUUGAUUAUGAAAAAUCCAGAACUUAUUUUGUUACUGUGGUGGCAAAGGAUGGCGGCGGCAAGCUCCGUGGCAACAACAAGGUGUUCUCAGCCACAACCACUGUCACAAUCAAUGUGGAAGAUGUUCAGGACACACCGAUGUUUGUCGGCACUCCCUACUAUGGAUAUGUCUAUGAGGACACUCUGGCCGGUUCUGAGGUAAUAACGGUCGUUGCUAUUGAUGGGGACCGAGGGAAGCCUAAUGACAUUCAUUACCGUCUUUUGAAUGGAAGUGAAGGCUCGUUUGAAAUAAAUAACGCAACUGGAGCCAUUUCUGUUAUUAAAAGCCCAAAUCAGCUGAAGAAAGAAGUAUAUGAACUGAAAAUUCAGGCUUCCGAAAUCAGCCCGGAGGGUGAGGCGACUGCUCACGCCUUUGCCACGGCAACCAUACGAGUUGUGGACCUCAACAACCACCCGCCGACGUUCUACGGAGAAAACGGGCCACAGAACCGAUUUGAACUCACAAUGUACGAGCAUCCGCCGGAGGGCGAGAUUCUGAGAGGCCUCAAAAUUACCGUCAAUGAUUCAGAUCAGGGGGCGAAUGCGAAAUUCAACCUCCGGCUUGUCGGGCCAGGCGGCAUUUUCCGCGUUGUCCCUCAGACUGUGCUGAAUGAAGCGCAGGUCACAAUCAUUGUAGAAAACUCAGCUGCCAUAGACUACGAAAAGUUCCAGGUCUUCACCUUCAAGCUUCUUGCAAUAGAAGUUAACACACCUGAGAAGUUCAGUUCAACGGCAGAUAUUGUGAUCCGUCUCUUGGAUACGAAUGAUAAUGUCCCGAAGUUUUCAUCUGAUUACUACAUCGCGAGGAUCCCAGAGAAUUCUCCUGGCGGCUCCAAUGUUGUGGCUGUAACGGCAACAGACCCUGAUUCAGGACUUUGGGGUGAAAUGAAAUACUCCAUUUAUGGAACUGGUGCAGAUCUAUUUCUCAUCCAUCCAUCCACUGGAAUCAUUUACACCCAGCCAUGGGCCACGUUAGAUGCAGAAGUUACAUCCAAGUACAACUUCUAUGUGAAGGCAGAAGAUACAGAGGGGAAGUAUAGCUUGGCUGAAGUCUUCAUUACUGUGCUUGACGUCAACGAUCACUCCCCAGAGUUCAAUGAGAACAUCCAGGAAAAAACCAUGAUUAUAGGCACUCCCGUGAAAGUGGAGGCAAUAGACCAAGAUGCGGAAGAACCCAAUAACAUAGUUGACUAUUCUAUUAUGCAAGCAGAUCCUGCCAAUGUGUUUGAUAUAGACCAAAGCACCGGAGAAAUAAAACUGAAAUCCUACAUAAGAUCCUUGGACAUAAUUCACAACAUCACCAACAACAAAGACUGCAUAUGGUCGGUGGUAGUUCAAGCCAAAGAUCGGGGCUCUCCUUCAUUUAGCACCACCGCUGUCCUGAAGAUUGAUAUCACAGAAGAGACUCUUCACAAAGGGCCUAUGGCUGCCUUUUUGAUGCAAACAAAAGAUAACCCCAUGAAAGCCUUAGGAGUGCUAGCUGGUGUCAUGGGGGUGAUGGUGGCGAUCACCAUCUUAAUCUCCACCGCCAUGUUCUGGCGCAAUAAGAGGUCCAACAAAAUCAUGCCCGUGAGACGGAUCAUUAAAAAAAGGCAAAACCACCAACCAACCAGGAUGAUCAGAAUGGAGUGGCUGAAAUUCAAGAGGUCCAGCAACGCUGCGGAGAAGUUUGUCGUCGAAGAGGAUACCAAAAGUCUGCAAAAUGAGAACAGCAACAACAACUUCCAGGUGCCCCUUCCUCCUCCACCACCUGCUGCCCCAGCCCUACCUCCAGCCCCGGCACUCAAGACUAAUGUCUCUGAAUGGAGGGUCCCCACAGUAUCCGGAUCGCUGAGUCCGAAGCUUAUUAAAAAGAAGAAAGGUGCCGCGGUCUGCACAUCCCACAAUGCCCUGGUGUCGGAGCUCAAGCAGAGGUUUGAAAUGAGAAAUGCGGCAAGCCCUCACAUUUAGUGUCUCCUCCCCACAGCUUGCAUGUGGAGUGUGUCUUCUGUGUGCCAUUCCAGGUACAUGGUGUGAUUUUCUUAUUUUGCAUUUUGUACCAAUUCCCCAUCUCCCUGCAAGCUGAAAACGCUCAUUAUCUCUUCUCGGUGUUUCACAUCCAUUCGCCCGGAUCGCAUGCCGGUACAUAUCCUCUCGCCCGGUGCAAUUGUUUCACCUAUAACUUUAUGGUAAUACGUGGUGCACAUUUGUUACAAUGUUUUUAUACAGGUUCCCGCUGCAAAGUCUGCUUGCGUGUUUGUGUGCUGCAAUUUUCAGGAUGCCAAUUUGUUCUGUAUCUGGCCAAUGCUUUCCGGUGAUCUGUUUUAAAGUUCAGCUUGAAAUAUUGAAUGUUUUAAAAUAUCUCACGCCAGAGUCCUCAAGGAAUAGCCAAGUAAGCUUAACAAGCUGCCCCAUCUCCUAGCAUGCCACUCGCUGAAAUUCAGUAGCUCCAGGGUCCAGCUCAGAUGUUGAUUGACCUUUUAAAUUGUUCUGCCCCAGCCAUAACUCGGGCUUUACUUGGGCCGGAAUUUGACAGCAUUCCCAAUCAUAUAGGCAUCAAGCAUACAGAUUAACAUGUCCCAAUGUGUGGUGUGAAUGAUGCAAUUUGCCCUAACCUGUCCAAGAAAAUCUCUUGAAUGAGAAAGGAAGGAGGUGAGUGAUCAUGGCAGGAAGGUGACAGCCAAUAGCAUCAUUUUCCCAGCAAGGAUUGUGGUAUUUCUAGUUGCAAUCCAGUUUUUUCACCUUUGGGAAGGUGAGGGAGGAGGCAGUUCUCAGGACUGAAAUGAACACAGACAGCAAGGAGAGUUGUGUUUACCCUGAUUCUGCUCACAGGUGUGCAGUCAGGGGAUAUUCAUGUCAUCCCUAAUCACAGGUAACAUGAACAGUAUUGGGGCACAUGCAUUGAAUGACAAGUAAGGAUAGGUGGACAAAAAUUUAUAAGACGUAGAGAUCUGAGCCACUUCUGUCCAUAAAGCAAGCCGAUGAGUUAUACUGAAAACAGGGAUGUUUUCAUAACAUUCAGUAUUAUUGAGAGUCGACUCGUCUCUAUGUGAUAUGCCUCAUCGCAACAGACCAGUGACGUAAAACCUUUUAUGGAGGAGUGGAAAAACCAAGAGUUCUUUCUCUAUAAAAGGCAAAAUUGCUCCCUACAUUGCUGCAAAACAGUGCUUUACUGCUUUACGAGCAUCCUAACCACUGAAUGUUUAAAAUGCCAGUGUUUAUGGGAAUUUGAAGUUAAGGUGCUGCAGAGGGACAACCUGAACAUUCCCCUGGUGUUAAAUUACUACAAACGAGGCAGUUAAACGAGAAACAUGGUAUCAGAAGUGUUUGCCUUGGAGUGGAGCUGGGCAAAGAAAAGGCGUGAACAGGAGAAAGAAGAAAUCGCUUUCAGCCCUGCAUCAUUUUGAGAUGCAGCACAAUUUAGGUAAACUUCUGAGCUGAGGCCAUUUGAAGGAAUGUAGCAACAGCCCUUAAAAUUGUAUCAUGUGGAAUGGUAGUGCCAUACCCUUAUAAACAUGAUGUAAGGCUUUCAUCCCGCCAACCAAGGAAUAUAGGAGGGGGUUGUGUGUGUUUUCUUCCUGAAACCUCCUCCAUUUCACCCAUUGUGACUGGUCCACAGGUGAGCUGUGACACAGACAGACCUGUCCAGAUAGCCUGACCUUCCCCUGGCUCUAAUAGCCACAAUGUUGAAGCUGGGGGAAGCCUAACUCUAUCUGCAUCAUAUCUAGACUGGUUUGCUGGUCGCCCUAACUUGAUUCCUUACUAGUUCUAAGCAAGAGUUGCCAUCAAAGCAAUUCAUGGUGACUUCAUGGUGAAGGAGGCAAAGGCUGGUUCAACCAGACAUGGGGUUACCAACACAGUUCCAUUCCCCCCUCUAUAUUAUUGGGCUCCAAAUCCCAUCAGUCCUAGCCAGCAUGACCCUUCUUUGUGUGCCACCUCCAUGGGAGAUUUAGAGGGUGACAAUGCAAGAAUGGGCCUUUUCAGUGGCACCCCCUUUGCUUUCUCCAUUCCUCUGUUUUGGGCCCUUGAUCUGAAGGGUGGCAUU